AUGGAGAAGUACGAGGAGAGCGUCCUGAAAGCCGGCAAGCUGAUGACCGAGCUGUCUCUCUACGAAGAAGGGCUCGGGCGGCGGCGGCGGCGAGAGGCGGCGCCGUCGGGGGAGCCGGACGCGCGGGCCAAGAGGCAGCUGAACGGCGGCGCCGGCUCCCUGGGCCCGCCGCCGCCCUACCCGGCGCUACCGUCGGGGGAGGGAGCUCCGGCGCCCUGCCUGCUCCCGCUGCGCUCGCUGAACGGCGGCGGCGGCGGCGAGGACGGCCCGUGCCCGCGCUCCGAGGUGGCGCUGCCUUGCUAUAAGCGCUACUCGGCCGAGGGCUACCCGCGCGGCAAAGGCGGCGGCUGCGGCGGCGGGGCGAGCCCGCGAGGCUCGACGUGCUGCGGUCCGGAGUCGGGCGGCCGCUUCCCCGGCCCUCUGGCCAGCCCGCGGGGCAGCUUGGUGGCGCCGGGCGCCGUCGAGGCGGCGCUCAGCCCGCGCUCCAGCUACGCCAGCACGGCGAGCGACACCAGCAAGCACUCCAGCCCCCGCGCCAGCCUGACCAGCUCGUCCGACGGCGGCGGCGGGAGCAAGCCGAGCAGCAACCGCACCAGCGGCAUCAGCAUGGGCUACGACCAGCGCCACAUCAGCCCGCGCUCCUCCUCCUCCGGCACCGCCGAGCUGGAGGCGGCUUCCUCUCGCCACGGGUCCGCGGCGGCCGCCGCAUCGUCGUCGGGGGGCUGCGGCGGCGCGUCCCUCGCCAGCCCCCGCUCCAGCAUCUCCAGCCACAGCUCGCGCAGCUCGCGGAGUUCCCGGGGCUCGACGGGCGCUUACCCGGAGCUCCAGCUGCCCUCGCCGCGGGCGUCGAUGCUGCCCGAGGACAGCCUCAUGCUGCUCUUGCCGCCCCCCGAGCAAGCGGCCCCGGACGCCUACCCGCGGCUCCACGCUCAGUCGCCCGCGGCCCUCGGCCCCGAGCCCGCCGCCGCCGCCUCCUACACCUCCAAGGGGGCUGCCGCCAAAUUCCGCAUCCCUUACCAGGUCACGCCGUCGAGGGAGAGCGGGCCCAGCCCGGCGGAGAGGCGGCUGGAGGCGCUCACCUUGGAGCUGGAGAAAGAACUGGAGAUGCACAUCAAGAAGGAGUACUUCGGCAUUUGUAUCAAGUGUGGAAAGGGGGUCUAUGGGGCCAGCCAAGCUUGCCAAGCAAUGGGGAACCUUUAUCACACCAACUGCUUUACAUGCUGCUCUUGUGGGAGAAGAUUACGAGGGAAAGCCUUCUACAAUGUCAAUGGAAAAGUCUACUGUGAAGAAGACUUCCUAUAUUCAGGUUUUCAACAAACGGCAGACAAGUGCUUCAUUUGUGGACACCUUAUAAUGGAAAUGAUCCUGCAGGCUCUUGGGAAGUCAUACCAUCCGGGCUGUUUCCGCUGUGUGGUGUGCAACGAAUGUCUGGAUGGUGUUCCUUUUACUGUAGAUGUGGAGAAUAAUAUUUACUGUGUCAAAGACUAUCACACGGUUUUUGCGCCGAAGUGUGCUUCCUGUAACCAGCCAAUAUUACCAGCACAGGGUUCUGAAGAGACCAUCCGGGUGGUGUCGAUGGACAGAGAUUACCAUGUCGAAUGUUAUCACUGCGAGGUUUGUGGGCUGCAGCUCAACGACGAAGAAGGCCGCCGAUGCUAUCCUUUGGAGGGACACCUGCUGUGCCACACCUGCCACAUCAGGCGCCUCGGCCUGAAAGUGCCGCCUCCCCCGCCUCCUCCUGGGUACCCGAUGCACAUCACGGAACUCUGAGAGCCCUGCGCAUCGGGAUGCAGCUGUAGGGGAGGAGCUCCACAGACAGACAACUUUUUCUUCUCCUUUUAUUUUUUUAAAAAAGACAAAGCAGACCAAUUAUUUAUUGCCUCGAAGACUGAGAAGAGGAGAGGGCCUGCCUGAGGCCACUGCAUGCGUGCAGGCCUGGGGAUGUGUCUUCUGUUCCAUUUGCCUAAACAAUUCCUCUUCAGACUCUGGGUACUUGAAAAGUGAAAGAUGCACCGCUCAGAUGUGAAUGUAAAACAUUUUUGAAUGCUGCGGUACAAAAAAGGGGCCCCCUUGACCUUGAGACAUUGGUAGUGUGUGUCCCCCACAAAAGCAUCUUUACACCUUCUAGCAGUGCUGCAGGAAAGACAAGACGAGU